AUGUGGGUCCCGAGAACUGGUGGUGUUGAAGUGGCAUGGUUGUGCAUUAGUCUUUCAUUAAUAAAUUCUCCCUGCGUAAAGUUCUGGACAGACAAGCUUUCAGCUUAUCAGCGAAGAAACGGGAGGCGAGAAAGGACGGCUAGACCACUAGUCAGUUUAGAAUAUUUCGUUGCAUCAUGGAUGCAGUCGUACAUGACUUUUCGAAAAAUUGUGCCAUUCAGUAUUUACUUGUUCAUUCGAUUUGAUGAUUUAUUACAAUCGAAUGAACAAGGAGUUUCAAAUAGUGGAACGCCCAAUGUGUUGCAUGAUAAUGAUAAACCUGCUAAAAAGAGCUUAUUGCAGCUUUCUGUUAAAUUUAUAUGCUGUUUGGGUGUAGAACACGACCUGUCAUAUGUGCCAGGUGCACAUCAUUAUGAAUAUGCGCUGCCUAAUGGUGAUACGCAUGGACAUGGACAUGAAAGAUGCGCCACCUCAGCUGGUUUACCGUUAACAAAAUCGGAAAGUACGGACGGUAGAAAGAAAUUGCCAAACGGCAUGUUGCGAGUGCAUCGCAUAAUGACUGAGGAAGAACUUGCACAGGGUAAAGAACCGCGUUGGACGGAGCUCGAGAUACGCGUUAAACAAGAAGCUACUAAAACAUUUAAAAGUUCACAAUGGUCUCAUUUCUGGUUCUUCCAUUCAGACUUAUCGUUCAUCUCUGGUGUUAUCGUCUUUAUUGCAAUGCGUGCCAUCAGAAUCCCUUGUGAAAUUUCGAAGUUGGAGAACUUAACGGUGCUGGAUUUGUCUGAAAAUAAACUACGUAGUCUGCCAGCCGAACUGGGCGAUAUGAUCUCUCUAUGUCACCUUUACCUCAACGGCAAUCAAAUAAGGGUUCUCCCUUACGAGCUAGGCAAACUGUUUCGUUUGCAAACUCUCGAUCUUCGAUCAAAUCCUCUAUCUCCUGAGAUUAAUAAAAUUUAUUAUGAAGCUGGACCUCAGAAACUGCUUCGAUUUCUGUUAGAUCAUCUAGCAAUAAAUGCGACAGUACCUCCGGAUCGCCAGUGGGUGAUGAUAAGGCACGCGGAUCCUGAAAGACCAAUCGGUAUUGAACCGCCAACGUUCACUGUUCUCUGCUAUAACGUUCUGUGUGAUAAAUACGCCACGAACAAUCUGUAUUCGUAUUGUCCAUCUUGGGCUCUCAAUUGGGAAUAUCGAAAAACAGCAAUUUUAAAGGAAAUCCGACAUUACGAAGCUGAUAUCAUCACCUUGCAAGAAGUAGAAACUGAGCAAUUCCGCUGCCUUUUUCAACCUGAGUUAGAGCAAAUCGGUUAUGCGGGCAUUUUUUCGCCGAAGUCACGGGCGAAAACGAUGGGUGAGGAAGAACGAAAAUUUGUUGACGGUUGUGCGAUAUUUUGGAAGUACGACAAAUUUGAGCUGGAGAAAGAACAUCUUAUCGAAUUUACUCAAGUAGCUAUAAAGAAAGCUCCGACAAGUGAGAAAAUCUUGAAUCGUGUUAUGCCAAAGGAUAACAUUGCUCUUUGUGCUGUUUUCAAAAUCAAAGAGAAUGUCUACGCAAAUCGACAAAUGACUAUGGCUCCAAGUGACAAUGUGGUUGGAAAUCCACUUGUUGUGAGUACCGCACACAUUCAUUGGGAUCCAGAAUUUUGCGAUGUAAAGCUGAUUCAGUCGAUGAUGUUGGUGCAAGAGAUAAACACUUUGCUGGAUGAAAUAUCGGAAAAAUGUCGUAUAACACCUCAACAGAUACCUGUUUUAAUUUGUGGCGAUCUCAAUUCACUUCCUGAAUCAGGAGUUGUGGAAUUUCUGUCGAAGGGAGCAAUUUCAAAGGAGCAUCCGGAUCUCAAGGAAUUUCGUCAGGACCCUUGUGUUACGCGUUUUAGUGCAUCCGAUGAUCCGACGGUCUAUACCCAUGGACUCAGGCUUGAUUGCGCUGUGGAUCCUAACUCAAUGUCGUUUACAAAUUACACGCUUGAAUUUAAAGGUGUUAUCGAUUAUAUCUUCUCGACGCCGCAGUCAUUAGCUCGUUUGGGAGUAUUAGGACCGCUAAAUAUGGAAUGGGUGCUGGCAAAUAAAAUAAUCGGUUUCCCACAUCCCCAUGUGCCCUCAGAUCACAUACCAAUAAUGGCCCAAUUUGCAAUUAUUCCAACGAGCCAUCAACGUACCCAGCCUGUUGUCCAUCACUAUGGUAACAGUCAUUCCAGCUCAUUUGGUGCUGUUGGUCGAUAA